AUGAAUGCCUCUCAGUGCGUGGCAUGUUGGCAGUGCUUUUGGCCCCCACUGGGGCCAGUGGAGAGGCGGAUUGGGGUGAAAAAGGGCAGAGGCAAAGUGGAUUGGUAUGAGGAUGAGGCAGGACCUGUGCCUUCGAGCAAGUCUGCACCAGGCGAGGAGGAUUUGUUUGGCGACAGAUAUGUAUUCGAGUUGGCAAGAAUGGAUCGCAUGGGAAGGGUUUUUUCGUGGAGGGACGUUGCCAAGCCUACCUACCAUUUAAAAUCAGUGAUUGCAUACAUUCCAAGUGUUGGCAGUCACAAGUGGCUACCACCUUUAUCAUAA